UUUACGAUAGAGCGGAACAUGUAAAAAUUCAACGAGCGAACAGGUCGAGUGAACUUGCGUAGAAACUUCACGUUAUCAGGUUAGCCUAUGGGCUCUAACUUUUGAAGAAAGCUUAUGCAGAGCAGCAACACCUCCAUUGAGCCAUGUCAGUCAAGGCCAAUCGUCCGUCAACGCACCUACAACAGCUCUCCACCGAUCGUCGCUUCUCAUCAGCUGGAGACAAAAACCACCCCAGAACAAAAGGAAAAGAAAACCACUUCCCCACGACGUCUCUAACGCCUGUGGGGAACGGCAGAAACACCCCCAAACGGAACCUCUUUCGUACCCCGACGCAGCGAUUCAAGCCCGAACCCAGGACCCCGUUUGGCACCCCUGAGUGCUUCAACCGUGUGGAGUUUGAGACACCCAAGUUCAAGAGAUCUGUAAGAUGGGCCGAAUCAGGAGACGACCCCCCAAUCGGGGUAGAUGAGGGUGACGGGUUCGGUGUGAUGGUGGCGGUCAGGGUGAGGCCGUUCAGCGAAAAGGAGAAGAACCAGCGCGACGUUAAAUGCGUGGUGUCCAUGAACGGGAAUGAAACUGUCGUAUCCGCCAAGCCGGGACAGACCAGUAGCUUCGUCUACGACCACUGCUUCUGGUCGUUUGACAAGGUCAGGGGUCACUUCUCCAGUCAGGAGACAGUCUACGAGAGGCUGGGGAGGCCGCUGCUAGACAAUGCCUUUGAGGGCUACAACACAUGCCUGUUUGCGUACGGACAGACUGGUUCCGGGAAAUCCUACACAAUAAUGGGUUACAAUAAAGAGACUGGUGUGAUCCCAAGAUUCUGCAGAGAACUGUUUCGCAGAGUCGACGAACAAGGCCCAGAACAAAGGGCCAAGUACACCAUUGAGAUCAGCUUCUUUGAGAUCUACAACGAGAAGAUACACGACCUGCUGGCAGCCACGACAGACUCGGACAAAGACGUUGGCAAGAAACGCCAAACGCUGAGAGUUCGGGAGCAUCCAGUUCUCGGUCCCUAUGUGGAAGGCCUGUCAACGUUUGUUGCCAAUUCUUAUGGAGACAUCCAUAGCUGGAUUGAGCUUGGCAACAAGCAGCGGGCCACAGCCGCGACGGGGAUGAACGACAAAUCAAGCCGCUCGCAUUCCGUCUUCACAAUUGUCAUGACAAAGACUAAGACGGAGUUAAUAGAAGGCGAUGAGCACACACACAACGUGACCAGCAAAAUCAACUUGGUGGACCUGGCAGGCAGCGAGAGAUGCAGCUCAGCUCAGACCACCGGAGACAGACUCAAGGAGGGAGCCAACAUCAACAGAUCACUGAUGACUCUUGGUAAAGUCAUAUCCCAGCUCGCCGAGAGCACCGCUCUCAGAAAAAAGAAGUUCUUCAUUCCGUACAGGGACAGCGUACUCACGUGGCUUCUGAAGGAAAGUCUCGGCGGUAACUCCAAGACGGCGAUGAUUGCAACCAUCAGCCCAUCCAGCUUGCACAUUGACGAGACGCUUAGCACCUUACGCUACGCUAAGCAGGCCCGCUCCAUCAUCAACCUGGCCAAGGUGAACGAGGAUCCCAAGGCAAGACUCAUCAGAGAACUGCGAUCUGAGAUUGAGCGUCUCCGCGGCCAAGGCUUCACCACCCCGACCCGAGCCCCCCACCCCCCUGCGCCGAACCCCCGGGGGGAUGUAGCGACAGACACCCACACAGAAGCCAUCAAGGAAUCCCUGGUAGAGAUCGCAGAGCUGCGGAGGGAGUUGACGCUGUCCGAGCAACACAUGAAGGAAGUUGAGGGAUCAUGGAAGGAGAGGCUGGAAGCCAGCGAGAUGCGACGGGUCCGAGAAAUUGAGGAGAUGGAGAAAUUGGGAGUCGUCUUCAAGUUCGACAACACCCUGCCCAACCUGGUCAACUUGAACGAAGACCCCCAGCUGUCUGAGGUCCUGCUGUACGUCCUGAGAGAGGGACAGACCAGGCUAGGCAAGACGGACGAACACUCUGGCCAUCAGAUACAACUGGCCGGAGCGCUGGUGGCCGAUGAUCACUGUUUGAUCAGCAACAAAGAGGGCGCUGUGACAGUUAGACCAGUGGGCGACGCACAGACGUUUGUCAACGGUCAGCUCAUCUCCAGAACACAUCGCCUCAAACAUGGCGACCGAUUGGUUGUUGGCGAUCACUACUUCCGGUUCAACCACCCGGGCCAGGUCCAGGACAGAUCCAAGCUCUCGGACAACUCAGUCGGUGCCGUGGAUUUUGAGUUUGCAAGGAAUGAACUGGUCGCCGCUCAGAGUGCCAGAUUGGAAGCUGAAGUUGAGGAGGAGAGACUGAGGAAUCACAGAGAGAAACUGGAAGGAAUCAAACGUGCACAGGAAGCUGCUCAACUGGAGCUUGACGAGCAGAAAAAGAAGUACGAGUCUCAAAUACAGCAGCUCUGUCUUCAGUUGGAGCAGCAGAUUGAAGAGAAGGAAUGUCUGGACCAUGACCAGCAGAGCACUGACAAACAGAUACACGAACUCAAGAUGGAAAAUAAGAUUUUGGAGAGCCAGGUAUCCAGCAGCCGGCGCCGGCUAGAGAUGGAGGUCCAAGCAGCCCAGCAGAACCUAGCCGACACCAAGGCCUACCAGUCACACAUCUUCCUGGAGCUGGGCAGAGAACGGGAGAAAGCCGAGAAGGAGAUGGAGAAAAUGAAACGGGCCAAGGAGAGACGAGAGAACGCUAAGAAAACGGGAGCCGGUGAACUGGCUUCGACGGCCAAGAAUAGAAGGAGCCUUCUGCAGCUAUCCAUGUGGCUACAAGAAGCCAACAAUAUCAGCAGGAAACUGGACAAGCACACGGUUUUCAACCGUCAAGAUGUAUCAUCCACUAGUACAGGGUCCUCAUCCCUAGAUCUCCAAUCGACAGUCCAAGUCCGAGUUACAAACAACCAUCUUGGUAUCAUCACCUACUGGUCCCUGGCCAAAUUUGAGGACAAGCUCAUCCAAAUGAGGGAGAUGUUUAAGUCUGCAGGGAGGGGAAGGGAUUCCGUUGACGACGACGUCUUUUACGAUCCAAAUGACGACUGGGAAAAAGACUACAAGAUUGACUCGCCGAUGACGCCACUGAAAAGAUGCUUCAAAGGUUCCUCCACUCCAAAUCGCUGGGCUUCCCUGACCAACAGUAGUAGUGGCUCCCCCCGGCUUGGCUCUACAACAAGUCUUGGAAGCACACGUAGCCAGAGGACUUCCAUCAACCAUACAGGACUAGCGAAUCUCUGCCGGUCAUUUCUAAAGUCCAUCUCGACUGACCGUCCACACUUCCACGAGAUGACCAUCGCUGACCGUGUCCUGGCGGCCAUGCAGAGGGUCAAGGGGGCCGUCGCAAGGCUGCAGGAGACCGACCUUACCAGGAACGAGGCUUUCGCGGAUUCCGGAGACUCUUCUGGCCCAACAAGCGCAGACCAAAUGUUGCUGCAAGCAACGUGCUCCAUGGAGCUCCUCACCAGUCUUAUCUCCAUGUGGGAUUCGAACCCCGGCCAUUCAGUUAAGAGUCCAGAGGCUUCAGUCGAAGAAUCCCAGCGGGAACUCAUGGAACAGAUGGUCGACACGUGCCGGAAAACUGCCGGCCACCUGAUGAAACUUCUACAGGGUUGUGACGGUGACAUCGACAGCAUGAUCACCGAAGCCCACACUCAGAUAGCACAGUGCCUGGUCUUCCUCGCUAAGCUCGUGGGAGAGGUCUCCAUGAACGCCGGCUUGAACGUUGUGACUUUCAAAGACAGGGACGAUCAGCAGGACCACAAUGCAGUGGACCCAGAGUUGAAGCAAGGCUUCCUCAACGGAGCCGACGUCUUGGUCGACAAGACCCUGCAGCAAGGACUGAAAGCUGUGACCAGCUGUGAGGCCGACCUGCAGGUCAUGCUGGGACCAGACAGCCGUCUGCCCAAGUUAGCUGACGACACUUUGCAGCACUGCCUAAACGCCACCACCUCGGCCAAAAUCCUUCUCCACAAGUGCCAGGACGUCCAGUUUGAGCUGGCCAGUGUGCUGGACGGGCGGGACAAGCGGCCGGACAGCACCUACGGCCGCAGCUACCACAGAGCCAAUCGGCUCAUCUCACAGGCCGCAGAGCUGACCGAUCACGUCUGCGCCAUCAACGAAGUCACAAGUCCACUUGUAGAUGGAGAAGCCAUCGACUGGAACCAACUGUCUCUCCUCGUCCACGCCCUUCACCAAACAGGCCCCGCCCUCGCUUCCGUUGCCUCCUCCUGCAGCAUCCUCCCAACGCCGUCUUGCAGCGACUGUUCCUAUGCCUCGGUGGAGUCCUCAGCAUCAUCGGACACACUGGCCUGCCGGCCCAAUCACCUGGUGUCGCUCGCCGGUCAACAGCUGGCUCAGACGCUGACGAGAUUCCAAGAGUUUCUUGCAAGCGAAGAGCUUAGCAAAACUCUGGAUAGUACAGGUACCCAAAUUGACUAGGUUGUUGUUUUAUACACUUAUGCUCAACCAUUAAGCACUUGCACUACAUUUUAUUGCAUUGUAUUUACAUUGUAUCACAUUUUAUUACAUUGUAUUACAUUGUAUUACAUUGUAUUACUACUACUACCGGGACUUCUACUGCACAAGACCAUCAGGGGGUUGUAGUGACCUCCAACCUCCCCUGAUCAGAAGCAAGGGAUCAGUAAUCACUUGGGAGCAACUGGACAGUAUUGGCUACCUGCUCCGGUAAGCCGGCGACGACUGCAAGGUCUUUCCAGUCAGUGGGCUGAUGACCAUGAUGAAACUGGACGGCAACAUCCAAAGCAAGUCUAGCAGGGGCCAGAGUUCGGAGGCACCUUUGACCAAAGAGGGAGCUCGUGCCGGCCGCCUCCAAGAGAUUUCAGAUACAGUGCUUCCAAACCCUGCUCACUGAUUAACUUCCAUGUUGGGGAUGGAGUGGAACUACUUAAUAUGUAAAAUGCGACGAAGACAUUGCAUGUGUUACAUUGUAUUUUUGUUUUGACAGUUUAGGGUGGUACAAGGAGUAUCAAGCAGGGCGGUUUUGGGCGGUACAGGGACGGAUGUGCUACAAGUCCAGUUAAUAGUUCACGUGAAUGCCAACUUGAAGCACAUUAGCAAGGUUACCGAAUUUUGACUACGUUAAAGGAACAUUUACCUUUUACCCACUUAAGGUUCACUUAGUGUCCCCCUGUCACCCAAUACCCAAAUAAAAAUGUAUGGGUGUGGGUCUUGGGUUGCUACUUAAUUCCCUAUUAGUUAACAGUCCUUAGUAUGAAAAAAGCCUCCAACUCUUGUUGUUGUAACAGGUGUUUUGCCCCCACUUAUCAGGGUGCAUGUGGUGUUCCCCUGUCGCCCAACACCCAUAUUUAAUUGUAUGGGUGCGGCUCUUGGUAGCUACUUGACUUUAGUUAACAGUAAAAAAAUUGAGGAAAGCCUGUAGUUCUUGAGGUUAUAACGGGCGCCUUAUACCCAAAAAUAUUAAGGUGCUUGUAUUGUCUGUGUCCCCCCCCCCCCCCUCAACCGGCACAAAAUUUACAUAGUUAACAUUCAUUAGUUUGAGGAACGCCCAAAUUUGUUGAGGUUGUAACGGGUGCCUUACAUGUAUACGCAUUUCUCAGGGUACUUGCUGUGCCCCCUGUCGCCUAACACCCAAUUUACAUGUGUCCGUGCGCUCUGCAGGUUGCGACUGGCCUAACAGUCAUUAGUAUGAAGAAAGCCACCAGUUCUUGAGCUUGUAACAGGUGCUUUGUACCCGCUUAUCAGGGUGUGUUAGGUGUCCCCCUAUCACCCAACACCCAUUUAAAUUUAUGGGGUAGGGUGUGGCUUUUGGGUAACUACUUAUCUAUUACAUGUAGUUAACAGUCAUUAGUUUGAGGAAGGCUUGUAGUUAUUGAGGCUGUAGCAGGUGGCUUAUGUGCCCACUUAUCAGGGAGCAUUUAGUGUCCCCCUGUCACCCAGCACCUAAAUUUAAAACUUUCGGGUGUGGCUCGUGGGUAGCUACAUGCCUAUAUACUUAACUGUCAUUAGUUUGAGGAAAGCCUCCAAUUCUUGAGGUUUUAACAGGUGCUUUGCACCCACUUAUCAGGGUGCGCUUGGUGUGUCCCCAUUUCACCCAAAAGCUAGUCAAUAGGCCAUAUUUUAGAGCGAAUGAGGAAUGCUGUAAAAUUCCAUUUUGGGAGUACCGGUACAAGCGAAUUUGAAUUCAAGUUUAUCGAUGCGAGUUUUCAUGUCGCUAAAAUGAAAAAGUAAACUUUGACGUGAAGUUGAAUUUGCUACUGUUUUUGGAAUGAAAAAUGGCGUCAGGUACAACGCCCUUAAUUACUCACCCCAAAAUUUUGCUUUCUGUGCAGUAUUCAAACGGGCCAGUUUGGUACAGUAGUACGUGCUUAUUGGGGUACGUGGAGUGUCCCAACUUGUCACCCCUACGCCCAGAAUUUUGGGUGUGGUUCUGGGUAUUACAUGUACAUGUAAUUGGUCUUACAAAAUACAAAAGUCCCUGUUGUAGAAGUUUGAAAAUCAGAGUGGCUACAAUAUUUUUCCUGCUUUUCGUGGUACGUGUGCUGUGUCCCCCUCCCUCCCUCCCUCCCCC